AUGUGUCGAGAUUAUCUUGAGAAAAACGUUGAUAACCGGGAUAGAUGUGAAAGAUUGGUUGCUAUCAUUGUGAGUGCAUGGACACCUAGAAAAGAAAAUGAUGAAUCGAGCAUGUAUUUCAAGAUGUUCGCAGUCUCUUUAGACGCGAUCCAAAAUCCACACGAUCGUCCUGGGUCUUCAACCGCAGGAGAAUUCUUGUACCCCACGCAAGUAGGCAGUUUUCCUGCUCAUUUGAAUCGUUCAAUGCCCCCAGUGCCCAAGGAAGGUGAGGGAUUCAAUUCACGUAAGGGCGGAUCUCUACACCCAAAUCUGAUCCGAUUUGCAGAACCAACCGCAAAAUAUAGUUCCAUGAUUGUGAUUAAGAAAUUCAUCUUUAGAAUCAUGGGCUUCACUCAUGGGUUUAAAAAAACUCGUACAAAGCAAAACGAUACAUAUGAAAAAUACCGAAUCCCAAAAAAAUCGCGAGUGGCAGAGUUGAAAGUCAAGGGACCAUCCCCAACUUUAAUCUCGGAUGCAAUGCGAGUUAAACUUAAAGCAGCAUUUACAAAAACUCCAACUUUGAUCCAACGGAAACGCAAUCAACCGCCAACCACUGCAGCUGUUGUCUAUAGAAGAGACACAACUUCUAGCUAUUUGAUCACGAAAACCCAGAGUGGAUGGAAGGAUAAAGCGAGGAUUCUUGGUAGAUCAGGGGGUGCAGUGCAGGACGAAGCGGACGGAGCAAGGGAUGAUGAAUUGAACAUGAGAGUCAUAAGAGUCAUAGAGGAAAGUUGA